AUGGAGAGCUUUCGCAUGCCAUGGAGCGCCAAACCUCGCAUGCCAUGCAACCUACAAACCCUUGCGCGGCGCAACCUUCUCCUGCACUACCGCAAGGAGGCGAGGCAGCCACGGCGUCUCUCAUGCAAGGCAACCGGCGGUGGCCGUGUCGACCGACGUGAUGUGCUCCUCGGCCUCGGCGGAACCGCGGCUGCCGGACUGGCAACGGGCCGAGGCGCCGCGAUCGGCGCGCCCAUCGAGACACCUGACCUCCGUAGCUGUCAACCACCCGACCUCCCCGACACAGAGCCGGACACUAACUGCUGCCCGACGUACGGCACCGGCAUCACCGACUUCAUGCUGCCGUCGGCAUCCUCGCCGCUCCGUGUGCGUCCAGCGGCGCACCUGGUAGACGCGGAAUACCUGGCCAAGUACGAGCGCGCGGUGGCGCUGAUGAAGGAGCUGCCGGCGGACGACCCGCGCAGCUUCGAGCAGCAGUGGCACAUACACUGCGCCUACUGCGACGGCGGGUACGACCAGGUCGGCUUCCCGGACUUGGAGCUUCAGAUACACAACUGCUGGCUCUUCUACCCGUGGCACAGGUUCUACCUCUACUUCCACGAGCGGAUCCUUGGUAAGCUCAUCGGCGACGACACCUUCGGGCUGCCCUUCUGGAACUGGGACGCGCCGGGCGGCAUGACGCUGCCGGUGAUCUACGCCAACGGGUCGUCGCCGCUUUACGACGAGAGGCGCAACCCCGCCCACCAGCCACCGGUGCCGCUGGACCUUGACUACAGUGGGACUGACCCCAGCAUCCCGAGAGAUCAGCUGAUCGAUAUGAACCUCAAGAUCAUGUACCGCCAGAUGGUCGCGGCUGCCAAGAAGACGGAGCUGUUCCUGGGUCAGCCGUACCGCGCCGGCGACUCGCCGGAUCCGGGCGCGGGCUCCGUCGACAACGUGCCGCACGGCCCAGUGCACGUCUGGACGGGGGACCCCCGGCAGCCGAAUGCGGAGGACAUGGGCAACUUCUACUCUGCGGCGCGCGACCCGAUCUUCUACGCGCACCAUGGCAACCUCGACCGGCUCUGGCACGUCUGGCGCGGCCUCCGCCCGGGAGUCAACACCGACUUCACCGACCCCGACUGGCUCGACGCCAGCUUCCUCUUCUACGACGAGGAGGCCCGCCUCGUGCGCGUGCGCGUCCACGACUGCCUCGACACGGACGCGCUGCGGUACACGUACCAGGACGUCGGCCUGCCGUGGCUCAACGACAGGCCGGCUAAGGCAUCUGCAGGGACGCCGGCGCCUGCCGCCGGUUCCUUCCCGGCCACCUUGGACAAGACCGUGAGGGUGACGGUGAGGAGGCCCAGGGUAUCGAGGACCCGGAAGGAGAAGGACGAAGAGGAGGAGGUGGUGGUCGUGGAGGGGAUAGAGAUCGCCGACCAUUUCAACACGUUCAUCAAGUUCGACGUGCUUGUGAACGAGCCCGAGAGCGAAGCCAGCGCCGGAGACGUCGCGUCAGCGGCGGCCGCGGGGUACUGCGCGGGGAGCGUAGCGCUCACGCCCCACAUGAUCCGGCUGGACAAGGAGAAGAAAAAGGGGUUGGUCAAGACGGUGGCGAGGUUCGGCGUCUGCGACCUCAUGGACGACAUCGGGGCGGACGGCGACAAGACAGUCGUCGUGUCGCUGGUGCCGAGGUGCGGGUGCGAGCUGGUCACCGUCAGCGGCGUCAGCAUCGGCUACGUCAAGUGA